AUUUCCGGUUGAGAGAACGAAAGAGAAAAUACACGAUAGGCCUAUAUGUAAUGAUUUAUACACACCUUUAGAAAGAGACAACGAGAAUUUAACCUUUUGGGGUACAUGAAAAUGUAUUCUAGCUCUAAAGAAAUUGAUGUUGAGAGAUUUAGAUCUCCAUUUGAAAGUAAUAUAGAGUGGAAAAUUAGGAAAAAGUUCCUUGUUGAACAUAUAAACAAAUUUGAUGAGGAUCGUUUGAUAUGUUUAUCUCUCUGUUAUGUGAAUGUCAGGCAGAUGGGAUGCAGGUACCCCACAAUGGUGAUGAAACAACUGAAUGAGUUGGCAAAAGACCUGGGAGAAGAUGACAUUUCAGAUAUCACAAAUCUACCUAGUCGAAUCAAAGGCAUUGAAACUGUUAAAUUUGUAAAAUCAAGUGACAAAGUUAGUGAAGAUAGUAGUUCAAUAUCAGGACCUUCACCUGCCAAAAAGAUUGUACCUAUGUUUGGAAUGAAUUUUGUAAAAUCAAGUUCAGAAUUUAAAAGUACAGAUGUUGCAAUGCAUGAAGAACAAUCGUUUGUAUCUGGUAUGAAACCAUUUCCUGCUCAAAGAGCUAAAGGAACAGGACUAGGAUAUGGGACACCAAAAUACAGUACUACUGGCAUAACAGAUAUAGAUAUAAAGUUCAGAACAUUGGUCCAUGCUAUAUCAGAUCUGAAGAAAAAGUUUGGAAGUGCUAAAAACAGUAUUGAGAUUCUUCAGAUGGCUGUAGAUAAAACCAAAAUGUCUCUUGAUACUAAAUUUAGAGAUGUUGUAGGUUCUCAGUAUGCACAUACAUUUGUGUGCAGUCUGACAAUAGACUUGGUAGAGAUUUCAGAAGGGAAGGCAACAAAUAAAAAAGCAGCUAAACAUACAGCAUUUGAUUUAGCAGUUCAAAAAUUGGAAAGUACAGAUAUUUGUGUUGACCAGUCUAUUCCGGACAGUCCCGUACUAGUAAAAGCAAAUAAAAAUACUGUCCAAAGUCAAUCAAUUAACAGUGAUAGUACGACAAAACAAACAGAUACCAAUGAUCAUUUAGACAAACAAAAAAGUGCAUACUCUUUACCAUGUAGCUUUGUAAGUCAUAGUACACAACCAGAUUCUUAUCAGGCAUCAAAAUCUUUUUCAUAUGACUCUUCCAAUUAUGAUGACUCGUAUUAUAAUACAGAGAUGUAUGAAUCAAACUUUAAAGCUGUUAGUAAAGGUAACAGACAAGUAGCAAAUUCUUUGAAUGGGGAUAUAACAAAAUUUAUUAUUUUUGAAAAUGUCAGUAUUGAUAAUACAAGUAAUCCAUAUUCAAUUUUGAGACAGAGUUGUGACAUCAAUAAGGCAUUAUUGGAAUUCCAUUAUGAAUUAGAUGCAAAUGGUGUCAACAUGCACUGCAAGGUAGACAUUGAAGGGGAGACAAUUGCAGAAGCUUCUGACAUAGGUAAAGUCCUUGUAAAAUCCCUUGUAGCACUCAAAGCUAUUGAGGAACUUAGAAAAAUAUGCUGGACAAUUAAAAUUAAGCAAAGUAUUGAUUGCCAAAGUGAUGAUAGUAUUUCAAGAGAUUCAGUAAUGGGAGAAAUUCAGAAACAAAUGGAAACAAUAUCUGAUGACAAUAUAGGAAGCAAAUUACUUCGUAAAAUGGGUUGGAGUGGUGGUGGUGUUGGAGCAGAGGGAAAUAUUGGAAGAGAGGAACCAGUUGCAGUUUCAUUGCAGCAAAUUAUCAAACGUGAAGGUCUUGGACUUAACUCUGGUGAUGGAAUGAAAGACUUCAGAAAUAAAGUAAGGAAAGUUGUGGAAGAUUAUGCCAAAUCUGAAACGCAAGACGAUCUUUCAUUUACAUCGGACUAUACAAAGGAAGAACGUGCAUAUAUACAUACAAUAAGCCAGAGACUUGGAUUGAAAUCACAAAGUCGUGGAAAAGGAGAUGAUCGACAUUUAACAUUAAGUAGAAAGAGAACAACAAACCAGUUGUUUAACCAUCUGAUUAAUGAAGGUGGAUCAACUCAUAAAUAUGAACUUGUUCCACCAGAAAACAGUGCAUAUUAAGCUAAAUACCUUGGUAUAAAAAAAAUUAAAAGUAUGAUUGUGAAUUGUUAUAUGCUUUGUUUCUAUUUGUCUGUUUUUUAUAUAAAAAUGUAGUUGCUUUUUGCUGCAUUUUCCAAACUUAAGCUUAUGUUGUCUCUUUGAUGAGCAGACACUCAUAGUAUUGACUUUUAGGUUAAGGCUAAGAAAUAUUAAGUGGGGAUUGUUACAGAUAUUUGUUAUUACAACUUGGAUGUGCGUAAUUUUUACUCUAAAUCUAAAUAAUAAAAAUACUUUAAAAAAAUAUUUGAUGUCAGGAAGGCCCCAGCUUGUUAUCUUUUUGUGUUUUGUGAGUCUAAAACCCAACUAGUUAUUAAUUCUAAUACAAUUGAUAGUUUGAUUUUUCUAAGAUUUUGAUACCUGGUAAAAAAAAAGGUCAGCCUCAAAGCAUUUUUCUAAAGGUUAAAAAAUAUUUUUUUACUGCAAAUUUGACACUGGUAAUAAAUUUUUUAAUAGCAAUUAUAGAUUAUAUAUUAUCAAUUUGCAGCAAACCUCAGGUGUAAAAAUGAUGAUCUCAAAAUUUGAGAUUUUUUAACCAAAAUUUAGAAAAUCUAUGUUUUUACUACUUUUUUUUCUCAAUUUCACAUCUGGGUUAGUGUGUAUAUCAACUUUUGUCACAAUGGUCACUGUGAAUCAAGUUGGUUUUAUGGAUUGAUUUAUUGUUAAUUUUUAAUGCCACUUUCUUUACACUACAGGGUUGAUGCCACUGCUAGUUGAUGUUUCGUCCCCCAUGGGCCAGUAGUUAUCACUUCAGUACUGACAUGAAUAUCAAUUAUGUGGUCAUUUUUAUAAAUUUCCUGUUUACAAAACUAUGAAUUUUUGAAAAAAAUAAGGAUUUUCUAAUCCCAGGAAUAGAUUAACUUUGCCAUAUUUGGCACAACUUUUUGGAAUUUUGAAUCCUCAAUGCUCUUCAACUUGGUACUUGUUUGGCUUUAUAAAUAUUUUGAUAUGAGCGUCACUGAUGAGUUUUGUGUAGACUAAACGCACGUCAUGCGUACUAAAUUAUAAUCCAGGUACCUUUUAUAACUAUCAGUACUCUUGCCUAUAUCAUGUAUAUCAUGGACAUGAUGGAGGUAUAAAUUUUACAUUGUGAACCAUAAUUUUUUUUCAAAGUUUGCAAAAGAUCCAACUUGUACUAGGUAUUAUACUUGUAAUUUAAUUUUUGUUGGAGUAGAGCACAUAAAUAUAUAUCACAAUUAUUUUUCUUCAAAAUUUAGUAUUUAUUUAUGUGUUCACAAAAAAAAAUUGAUUUUUGACACCAAUAAUCAAUUUGGAAAGCAAUUAUUAUGCCGAGACAUUGAAGUGCCUGUGCAAAUUAUCAGUUGACAUUGAAAUUCUAGCAGAAAAAAAGUUUCUUAAAAAUUCCUAAGGUUGAUUUGCAAAAUAUAUACAUGUAUAAACCAGUAUGUAAUAUGCUCAACAACUGUCUUAUUAUAACUGACAAAUUUUAGUUUAAACAGUAUUUGUCAAGAACAAUUACAACAAUAAAGUAUUACAAUGUAUGUUACAUGUAACUUCAACGUUGUUCUACCCAUUGGCAAUAAGCCAUACUUUUGGAGAUUAUGCAUUUACAAAAUUUGUUGAAGGGCAACCAGGUGGACAGACUAACAAAAUGAGAAUAACAAAUUUUAAAUCCUGCAUCUUCAAUUAUCUAUUAUUAUACUCUUUCCAUUGUUUUUUUAAUGAUUGAAUGUUGAAAAAAUGAAUAUGAUCUAUUGAAAAGAAAGUACUACUAUGUAGAUAAGUUUGAAAAUUGCAUUUUUAUUCCAAAUUGUUAUGUUGUUGCAAGAUUAAUAUUUGUUUUUGAUGAUAUUAAUAAUAAAUUAAUGGUGGAUUGAUUAAUAGAGA